AUGAGGCACCGGCUGCAGGCUGUGGAGGUGUCUGGCUCAAAGCCUUUGCCGUGCAGCGGCAAGGCUGUGGCCAUAUAUGGGAAUUGCCCAGCAGAGACAAAGUUCACUUUGCCGGUCGCCAGCACGCAGUCUUCCUGCGCAGAGGAGCUGGCGCGCGUGGGCUGGCUCACCAUUGGCCACCUCGCCACACAUGGCUUUGCAGUACAGGUGAAAUUGCUGCGCGCGGACAAGCCUCAGCUGAGGGACAGGAAGGAAGGGGGAUGGCUGUCAUACCAUGUGGCAGGGGGUGCAAUUACAUUGCUUGACAAGGGCGACGAGCCCAAGGAGGGUGAAAGGAGAAGGGGCCCGCUUGACUUUUGA